CCCGCGCGGGGCCCGGCCGGGGAGGCCCCAAGCGGAGCCGCCGCCGCCCUGGCUCAGUGCCCUGAAGAGCGUAACUAUGGGGAAGAAAGGGGACCGGGGAGCCAAGGAUAAAGUGGCUGGCGUGAGCCUUGAGGAGGAAGGAAAGAACGUGGCUAAAAGGACUGACCCACAUGGUGAAGAGGAAUACCAGUGCACCGGCCUCCUGGAGCAGGAUUUCAAUGAGCUGUGCUCCCGCGCCGGACUCACCAGAAUCCCCAAGGUCACAGUUAGGCUGCAAUCUGUCUGUAACCUCUUCCUGCCAGAAGUCUCCCUCGGGCUCGGUGCCCCUGCCCCCGCGUGACGGACUGGCCCCCUGCCUGGCAGAGGAAAGUGAUACACUGGCCGAGAAGGAGGUCCCAGCCAACCUCACCCAGAUCCAGAGCAAGUACGCCUACUUCCAGCCCUGCAUCCAGACCGAGGUGGAGCAUGACGACCCCAAGAGCACCCGUGAGAUCUUCCUGCGAGGCUGGAAAAUCGAAGAGAGAAUGCUGGCUGUUUUCAGCAAGUGUCUGCCUGCCCUUGCCAACCUGCAGGCUGUUCACCUCUGGAAGGUCGGCCUGACGGAUCUCUCGCUCCUCUCUCUGAUCGCUAUCCUACCAAACUGCCCCAAUCUCAAGACACUAACGCUGGAGGGGAACCCGUUAGCCGAGGGGUCCUUCUACAGGCUGAUCGGAGAGGAGAGCACGCUGGCUCACGUGUCACUGAGAAACAACAACAUCGGCAAUGCCGACGCCAAGCUGAUCGGCCAAGCCCUCUCCACGCUGAAGUCCUCCAACAAGAGCUUGGUCUCGCUGACCCUCAGCUUCAAUCACAUCUCAGACUUGGGAGCAGGCUACAUCGCAGAGGGCUUGCGGUUGAAUCGCUCUCUGCUGUGCCUGUCUCUGGCACACAAUCAGAUCGGAGACAAGGGAACACUCAAACUCGCAGAGGUUCUGGGACCUUUCGCUUUAACUCACACCGAAGUCGUGGAAAGGAGGCGACUUUCACUGGAGAAGGAAUCCCAGGAGCGGUCCCGGUCGCCUCUGAGACAUGCAGAUGCCAAAAGCAGCGAGCGUCCCUCCAGCCUCGUCAGCAACACCACCAUCGACAAGCUGCAGUCAGCCAAACAGAGCAAGAGCGGGUCCAAGAAAAAGGAGCCUUCGAAGAAAGAGGAGAAAGCUCAGGCCAACACUGCAGGUGGCGGGGGGGUCGUGGGCGGCCCAGCCUUUGUGCCCGCAAAGAAGGAGGAUGCUAAACAAGCCAAGAAAACGGUUUCCACCCCGGAGCAAAAAGUUAUUCGAGGCAAAGGAACCAAAUCGGGCGCCAAGGAGAAGCGCAGCCUGCCGCCGGAGUUGGAGGUGGUGGAGCCCACCGAGAUCGUGAACCCACUGCUGGAACAGGCCGAGCACCGCGACGGGAAGGUCUUCCUGCCAGGCAACCGUGUGCUCAUCAGCUUAAACCUCACCUGGAACCAGAUCACAGAGCAGGGCCUGAAAGCGUUCCUGGCAGCCAUGGAGAGCCAGCAGCAGGCCAGCAAGUCCACGGCUGGGGUCAAGUCGCAGACGGGCCUGCUGCGGCUGUCUCUGGGGCCCGAGACCCUGCAGGGCAUGUUGCAGUGCCCACACCAGGGGAGCCGGUGCUGGGAGCAGAAGGGAGCACGGGCGGGCUCCCAGGGCCUGUCCUCACUUGCACGGCUACUGCUCAGUGUAGACACUGCCCAGCGAAUCCACCUCCCCAAGAGGCGCUGGCUGCACGGACCUGAGUGCAGCCGCCCCAAGUCACUCUGGGCUGUGAAUUUUUCACCCCGAAGUGAUGGAGCCAGGCCAAUCGAGUCAUGUCAACCAGCCCUGAGACAUCCCCGCCGGGGGACUGGGAGAGCUGGGGGUUAAGGACACGUCAGCCAUUUUGCUGAUUUAACGCGGGGGCCUGAUUCCGCUCCCAGCAGCAGCAUUGGGCAGGGCGGGGCCCACAACCCACCGCGCCCCGUUCUCUGCUCCAGCCAUGACACUCGUACCCCCGGCAGCAUUGCCGUGUGGCAUCACCGUGGAGAACAGCUGCCAGGGCUACGGACAGAACCUGGCUGGCAGAACUAACAGGCUGGCAAAGAGGGGGGCUGGGAAGAGAUGGCCCAGUCUCCCAUGCUGCAGUGGGUGAAAGCAGGCACUGCUGUGCAGCGAGACCCCCCCGGGGAAGGAUCACACGCAUGCCAGCGAGGGA